UUGUUUGCGAGAUAGUGUGGGUAUCACCGCGGCGAGGGGGUCGCGGUCGCCGGUCGCGCACGCUGCGUGCAUUAGCUAGUGCUGCGCGAAGAGCGCGUGUAGUUCGUGAACAUAUUUGAGGUGACUGGAACUGUCACACACGAGACUACACCCGGCCUCAUAAUGUCAAGUCGAGCAUGGGUGACGUUAGCCACAAACGACUCUUACGGUCUUGGAGCCCUGGUGCUGGCGCAUUCUCUGCGCCGCGUCGGCUCCUCGUACCCGGCCGUGGUACUCAUCACACCGUCCGUCACUGACCCCAUGAGAGAGCGGCUUGGCGGAGUGUUCGCCGAGGUGAUCACGGUGGACGUGCUGGACUCGCAGGACGCGGCGCACCUGGCGCUGCUGCAGCGGCCCGAGCUCGGCAUCACCUUCACCAAGAUCCACUGCUGGAAUCUCACGCAGUACGAGAAGUGUGUGUUCCUGGAUGCCGACACAUUGGUGGUCCAAAACUGCGACGAGUUGUUCGAACGUGAACAGUUGUCAGCAGCUCCUGACGUCGGCUGGCCCGACUGUUUCAACUCAGGAGUGUUCGUGUUCUCCCCCUCAGUAGAUACCUUCACUAAACUCAUCGCCUUCGCACAGGAACGCGGCAGCUUCGAUGGUGGUGACCAAGGUCUCCUGAACUCCUUCUUCUCUGACUGGGCACGCGGAGACAUCAACAAGCAUCUGCCCUUCCUCUACAACGUCACAUCAGCUGCCUUCUACUCAUACCUGCCCGCAUUGAAACAUUAUGGGCAGAACCUCAAGAUCAUCCACUUCAUCGGAGCCGCCAAGCCAUGGCUGCAACAGUUCAACUUCGAAUCGGGAUCCGUCGAUGCGCCCGACCACAUCCGAGGCUUCCUCCAACUUUGGUGGGACCUCUUCGUGGGACAAGUGCACUCCCAGCUUGACACUGGCAUGGUUGAGGUGGCGGACACACAUGAAGGGCCCCCUGCGUUACCUCCACAUGACGUGGGACAACAAUUCCACUAUCAGCCAACCCCGGACCCUGAGUCAGAAUUCACUUGGCACCAUCCCGUCACGGAAACCAAAGAAGAAAUACGAAAGAAAGAGAUAGAUAUCACUGAGUUUUUCGAUCCAUGGACGAUUUAUAGAGGACAUAUACCACCAAAUACGAAAGAAGAAGUCAGCCAUCACGAAGAAUUAGCAAGGAUAGACGAUCACGAAGAAAUUAGAAAGUACGCGUGGGAGUAUCAGGCGCAAGGACCUCCUCCUACAUACACAGAACAUAAUCCGAACCAUGACAGACAACAUUACACAGAUAAUUGGCAACAUAAUAUUCAACACGGACACAGACAGGAUCAACAGCAACAUCAAAGUCACUGGCAUCAAGAACAUGACCACAACUGGGGCAGACAUGACAACCAUAACCAAAAUUAUGAUCAACACACUCACGCUCAUCAUUCUCACGAUCACCAUGACCAACAAGGUCAUCAUCAUGAUCAUCACACGCACCACAGUCAAGACUGUCAUGAUCAUCAUAGUCCAGUCCAUUAUGAUCAUUAUGGUCAUCACAGUCAGGAUCAAUAUGUUCAUCACGGGCAUGACCACAAUGAUCAUCAUGGAGAUGAUAAUCAGCAUCAUCACAGUCAUGAUAAUCAGCAUCAUCACAGUCAUGAUCACCAUUAUCAUCACAGUUCUGAAAACUAUGAGCACCACAAUCAAGGUCACUAUGAUCAUCACAGUCAUCAGACCCAUGAUUACCACCACAAAUCACACGACCACUACCAACAACCAACACACAUUACCGAGAAUACUAGUCAUAUACAACACAUUGAGUCUGUUUAUAGAAUAGACGAUCAGAGACAUGAUCACAAUUACCAUGACAAUUCAGAUACAAACGCACAAAACUUUCACGCAAUACAUAAAGUAUUAGAACAACAUGUUCAAGAGAAGAAAGUUAAGAAACGCAGCCGCCGCAGACGACUACAUCGCAUAGAUGUUUAUAAAGAACGCAUUAUGAAUGGGGAGGUGUCUGGAAGUGAGAGUGACGUCUCCGAAGACAUAAUGCCAAGGCACCCUUACGAUGGCUUCUACUUAAGGCACAGGGUCACUGUGGACGCUCGAGGACGGAAAGUGUGCUCGCACGAAGUACCACCCACUCCAUCUCCUUCUCCCCCACCGGACUCACCAGUUCACGAUGACUUACUACUACCAGAAGAAGAACCAAUACCAAUGGACACUAAUGUUUCAGAUGAACAAAGUGGUGUGGCUGGCAAUCUUGCUCGCGUGCUGCCGGGCGCUGCAGGCCAGCGUGAGGCCUUGGAUGAGCUGUCGCGUCGUCAGGGCUGGGAGGCCGGCAACAUUGACUACAUGGGCGCCGAUUCCUUUGCUAACAUUUGGGCAAAGAUCUCACAAACACUGAGCAAGCCCCGCACCUCACCUCCUAAACAGUCUCCUCCUAGGGAAGCAACCCCACAACCAGCUCCUGAGCAAGUUGUAGUUCAGUCUGGAGAAGUAGUGCAGGAACCAGUGGCGGAACAAGUCGAAGUGGCAAAGGAAGCGGUUCCAGCGGAGAGCGCUGCUCCUGCAGCAGAAGAGGCAGCACCUGCACCAUUACUGACGUCACAUUGGCCAGCAGAGCCUGAACCUGCACCAGUAGAAACCGCCCCUGCACCAGUUGAGGCAGCAGCACCAGUUGAGGCAUCACCUGCACCUGUUGAGGCUGCACCUGCACCUGUAGAGGCUGCACCUGCACCUGUAGAGGCCGCACCUGCACCUGUAGAGGCCGCACCUGCACCUGUUGAGGCUGCACCUGCACCUGUAGAAGCUGCUCCCGCACCUGUAGAAGCUGCUCCCGCACCUGUAGAAGCUGCUCCCGCCCCUGUAGAGGCUGCUCCCGCACCUGCGCCAGUUGAGGCUAUUCCUGCACCCGUAGAAGCUGCGCCUGCUGCAGCGGAAGCCGCAGUAGCCCCCGUAGAAGCUGCUCCAGCUCCAGUUGAGUCUGCAGCUGCGCCAGCAGAAGUGGUGCCUACUACAGUUGAGGCGGUAUCUGCACCAGCAGAGGCACCAGUUGAAGCAGCUCCCGCAGCAGCAGACGUUGCUGAAGUACCUGUGACAGUUGAAGCUGUAACACCAGCUGAAGCUCCGGCUCCGGUUGCCGAAGUACCUGUAACAGUAGAGUCCGCAGCACCUGUAGAAGCUGCUGCCCCAGCACAAGAGCCAGUCGCUGCCCCGGAGGUAGCUCCACCAAGUGAAGUUCCUGUAUCUGUGGAAGCCAUUGUCCCAGAAGUAUCUGCGCCAGCAGUUGUUGCCCCUGCAGAAGCUCCCGCUGCAGCAGCAGUGCAGUCAGAAGCCCCGAAGACCCCUGAAGCUGUGAAUGUUGCGCAAAAGACUGAAGACUCGCCUGUGCAAAGCAGCCCGGCGCUAUCAGCUUCGGACAGCCCGCCCCUGGCCAACACCCCGUCCAAGGAAGAGGCAGCGCCCCUAGCUCCCGCUGCUAAAUGCCCUAACCGAGCUUGCUCUCUAAUGUGACCGCCAUACUAACGCCACGUCUUAUCGCUCGAGAGAAUAAAGGCGAGAAUAAAAUUGGUUGUGUAGCCGAGGAGCGUCGUAAGCCGGCGGGCAAGCUGAAGCUCAGCCCCCCUGCCGCCGCCGACCCGCUCCCCACGCCCGACAGCGAGCUCGAGGACGCGGCCGCGCUCGCCUCCGACAUCAUCGCGCGGGAGCUGCUCACGCCAACCGUCACCGCCGCUUCCCCGCCCGUCGCCGAGUCGCCCGCCGCGCCCGAGAACUCCCGCCUGGCCGUGGAGGAGCCCGAGGUGCCCACGCCGCCCGUCGGCGCAGUAUCACUAGCACAGAUUGGCGUCAAAGUUCCGCCUAAGGGCAAGUCCACUACAGCAGCGCAGAUAGAGUCUUCAAUAACGGAGACGGUUACGCCGCCGACGCCCGAUGCUCCCACAGCCCCUGAGACUCCUGCAACCCCGACGCCAGCGCCGUCGCCGGCUCAGCCCAGUCCGCCAUCAGACGCCCCCAAGAAAAAGAUAGUGAAGAAAGUGGUGAAGAAGGACAAGGAGGGCGCUGCCGGCGGCGACGCGCCCGUCCCGCCGCCGCGCAAGAAGGAGAAGAAGCCCAAAGAGAAGUGAGCGGUGGCGACUCGCUCCCGAUAGUUCCUCUGUGCCAUAAUCGUAGCCUUUCUAUGUUUAAUGUCUACUUAUUUAAUUUUCGAAUAAUUAUGCUUUUAUGUAUCGCGUAAUUUUUUACUAUAAUAUUAUGUUAGAGUUAAUUUAUACUCACCAUCACGCGGCAAAUGUAUUGUUUCGUUUGAUUUUAUAUCUUUACUUUUUCUUUUAUUAAUUUUAUCAUUAAUAAUGUUUUUAACAGUGAUGAUAAUCGGUUAUAUUGUUUUAAAACUUGAUCUACCAAAGGACGAGACGUAUUUAUUAUGAAAACGAAAGUUUUAUGAAAUUUUUAUAUUAAAAGUCUAUUUUGGAAUACUA